AAAAACUUUCCUAUGCUUGCGUUUUUUCAGCAUUCUUUUCGUUCAUCCAUUCUAAAAACUCAUUUCAUCUUCAGGUACAAACGCCCCGGCAUAAUGGCUAAGAUUAUUGGAACUCACAAUGGACACUUUCACUGCGAUGAAGCGCUUGCUGUUCAUAUGCUUCAGAAGACUAAGCAAUUUAGAGGAGCUGAACUCAUCCGCACGCGUGAUCCAGCGAAGCUUGCCACCUGCGAUAUUGUUGUGGAUGUAGGUGGAGUGUAUGACCCUAGCACACACCGAUACGAUCAUCAUCAACGUGGAUUCACUGAGGUCUUUGGCGGCAAAUUUAAUACCAAGCUCAGCAGUGCUGGUCUCGUAUACAAGCAUUUUGGAAAAGAGAUCAUCGCCUCGUUGUUGAAUCUUGAAGAGCCAGACUCGAGAGUAGAGCUGUUAUAUAAUAAAGUCUAUGAGAACUUUAUUGAAGCAUUGGAUGCAGGUGAUAAUGGGAUUUCGCAAUACCCAGAGGAGAUCAAGCCCAAAUAUCGAGUCGGUACAGCUUUACCUCAACGGGUUGCAGGACUGAAUCCUUGGUGGAAUCAGAAGGAUGUGGAUCAGGAUGGACAAUUUAUGAAGGCAGUGGCGAUGACAGGUCAAGACUUUACGGAUGCAGUUCGCUAUUUGGGUCUGUCCUGGUUACCGGCUCGGGAUCUGGUAGUGAAGGCUUUGGACACUCGGAUGGAUAUUCAUCCCUCGGGCAAGAUCUUGGUGUUUGAACAACCUUGUCCAUGGAAAGAACAUUUGUUCUUAUUGGAACAAGAACUUUGUAUUGAGGAAAAGGCCCUGUAUGUGCUUUAUCCGGACGAUAAUGGUCAAUGGCGCGUUCAGUGUGUGCCAACUGCACCCGAAAGCUUUGAAUGCCGUAAGGCAUUGCCUCAAGAAUGGAGAGGUUUUAGGGAUGAGGAAUUGAGUGAGCGUAGUGGUAUUCCAAACUCUGUCUUUGUUCACAUGGGAGGUUUCAUUGGAGGUAAUAGGACGAAAGAAGGUGCCUUGGAGAUGGCCGUCAAAGCAUUGGAAGCAUAA